AUGACAGCUCCGCCGCUCGGUCAGCAGCAGCGGGACCCGCGGGAAGGAGGAAGAGGAGGAGAGAUGGGACAAACCCAGGGUCACCGCAGAGACGUUGACGGCCGCAAUAGUCCGCAACGACAGGAGAACGAACAAACGGGCGGAUGCGGUGCGAAAGGCGGUGAUUGGGUGGUUUCGGGGCGCGAGGGAGGGCGUCACGCUUCGCCCCCGGCUUCUGGCGGUAACGCCGGCGAGCAGCGCCAGCGGUAUCAGCAGGAGGAAGGGCAGCAGCAGCAUCGGCAACAUGGUGGUGCUGGCGGGUCUCCCGACAACCUCCGGGAAUAUGGCGGCGGCGGCGGCGGCGGGACUCCGGCACCAGCAGCGUCGGUAAAGGAUGUGCAAGGCCGUGCCAGGAUUCAGCACAUGCCCAAGACCGUGGGCGACGUUGUCCUUGCCGUUGCCGGCGGCGGCGUCGACGAGAGCCCGGACAUGGCCGUGACAGGCGCCGUCGCGGGGAAUCCCGCCGUCGCCGAGCGAGGCGCUUCCGGGAAGGAGGCCAGGCACAGCGGUGACAAGAAGGGAGCUGACGGGGUGCGAAGAGAGUCAGAAGGAGCGGAGGGUGGGGGGACAGGCGAAGCCGGUGCUGGAGAUGAGACGGACGGGGAGGAGGACAGAAAGCGUAAGAGGCAACAGAGGGCGCUGCAGGCGUUCCUCAAGGGGGCUAUGCGAAGAGAGUUCUGA